GGGUCACGGUGAGGGUGAGAAGGGACCGGCGGGGUGGAGGUGGGAGGGGGAGGGGCAGCUCGGCCAGGGCCUCCGCAGGGGGAGCGGGGAGCGAGCAGGUCUGUCCCGCCGCACGCAGGUGGCAGCGCGCGGGUGCGCGGACCCCAGGACCCCCUCGCGGGUGGAGGGGUGUGGGGGGGGUCUUCUCGCGUCCCCUCCCCUUCCUCGCGUCCCCUUCCCCGCGCCACGCCCCCCCUGCGGCCGAGCGAUAGCUAAUUGGGCAGAGAAAGGGCCCGAUUGUCUGCGCGCCGGAAGCGCGGGCGUGGGCGGCUGGAAGCGCCGAGAAGGUGGCCGGCCUCGCCCGGCAGCUGCCGCCGGAGCCGCCCGGGGGUGACGUCAGCGCUGGCGAGCGGGGAGCCCGGUGGAGAGGGGGGCGCUCACGGCCUCGCCACAAUGCGACCAUUGUGGGCCCGUGAAUGCGGCCGGGCCUCUUGACCGGGGAGGCCGCGAGCCUCGCGCCCUGGCCUGUCACUCGCCGCCGGGGAGGCCCGGGCUCUGAUCGGGGGGAGCAGGGGAGCAGGCCCCUCCCCCCCAGCACAGCCCGCACCCCAGUGGGGACCCCCACCCUCGGCAUGGCCUCCUGGUGGGAGGGAAGCACGGGCCCUGACCCACUCCUGGUCCUGCUGGUCAUUGUCCUGUUAGCCCGCUUCAUUCUCUGGUCCUGCCUCGGGACCUACAUAGACUAUAAGUUGGCCCGGCGGCACCCCCAGAAGCCCAAGGAGGACUAGGGCCUCUGCCGGCUGGGGACUCUGAGCGUCACCCUCCCCCCGCCAGCCCCUCCAGGAGGGCGCUGCCCCAGAGGUGUCCUCUCCUGAGCGGAGGGCGUGCCGGGAGGGCCAGGCCGCCGACCCCCGGCUCCUACCCGCAGGGCAGAGAUGGACCGUGGCGCCCCACCACCGGCCCUGAGCUGUCCUGGUCACCAGCCCAUCCCAUGUCGGGGCAGAGGGGCCACCACGGCCUGUCUGUCCGUCCGUCAGGGUCUGGGGUCCGCAGCUGGAGGGAGCGCUCGUGGGGGGCGCGGUCCGCUCUGCCUCCACGUCUUUGUAAGUAUGUUUGCGGGAGGAGGUGGGGAUGAGCCACAGGGGCUGGGGUGGGCGCCGAGGGGACAGACGUGGCCACGUCACGAGCCAGCCCUGCCACCCAAAGCUGCCUUGCCCCUCGGCUUCCUCCUGCCCCCGGAGGGAUAAUACUAAGUUCAGACGGCUGCCUUGGUUUCCCCAGAGCAGACCCCCAGAGGGUCUCAGGACGGGCUCGACACCUGAGUUCGAGUCCAGCUCUGGUUGGCCAUGGGGAAGGAAAUCUCUGUCUCUAAAACGGGCGCAGUAAUCCCUCCCUCCUCAGAAGGGUACGAGGAGGGUUGGACGAGGGGCGGGGCGGCAGCCCCCCCAGCCUGCACCCUGCUGGACUCGUGCAGGACGGUGCAGGAGAGAAACCAGGGACCCGGUGAGUGCCUCUCUUCCUCGGUUCUUGGAAGCGUGUGGCUGAGACGCGCCUCAGAAGGCGGGCAGGCGGGAGGGUUGACUCGGGCCCCAGGAGCCGGCGCCUGCCCGUCACACCCCGCCUCGGAGCGGCACCCGGUGGCUCUGAGGUUCUCGACCUGGUGGCUCCUUCUAAUCACCCUGCGGAUUUUAGCAAACACGAUGGCCGGGCUCCCCAGACGGAGAAGCAGGGGCAGGGACAAGAUGUCCUUGGGAGGCUGGCGCCUGGUUGCACAGGACCGGGGACACCUGUCAGAGCAGAGUCUUAGGGAGCUGGUGUUGCUGACCUGGGCGAGCAGACUCGGGAAGGCCCGGCCCGGCGCCACCCGUCUUGCCUUGCGGUGUCCUGGCAGAGGGACCGCAGGCCUGAGCCGGGGGAGCGGCGGGACCUGAUGAACUCACCGGCACCGAGGAGAUCUUGUUUUGCUCCCGAAGGACCUGCCGUGCUCCAGGCAACCUCAGGGCCUGGGGAGCCGGUUGACGGAAGCGGGGACCUUCUGGGGGCGGGGCUGACCCACACGAGAGAUUUUGAUGGGGGGGUGUCUGGGGGCUGAUGGCCGAUGAGGCUCUUUUCUUCCGGAUGACGGUCCAGAGAGUCUGCGCGGUCGUGGUGGUGGUGGGAGGGGGCUUGGUGUGCGUUGAUUCAUCAGGGGCUGGAGGGCGGCUGUCCUCUGGGCGGUUGUGGGAGCCGGUGGCCCAACAGAACUCACGCCCCCACCGCGUCCAGAACCUGAUGGUAGGGGUCAGGGGAGGAGGUGUUCUCGUUGCCCUGAAGGAAAACGGCGUUCAGUGCCCUUUUAAAAUCACACGUGAUUUCACUGGUCUCUUUAAGAAGAACCACGUGUGUUCUCAGGAUCGGGUAUCCAAGGAGGGCUGGUGGCCAUUCAUUCCGGUUCGCCUGGGACGGACCCAGGUUUAAAACGGGACGUUCCCCGUCCCGGGAGACCCCUCUACCUCCGGCAUAGCAGGCCCCGCCCCCACCCAAGGGAGGAAAAGUCCCAGCACACAGCGUGUUCAUGGGUCUCCAGUUGUGGACCUGCGUGUAAUCUG